CGACAUCGAGAAGAUUACAUAGCUCGUUGUUGCAGGUUUAUCGACAAUGGUGUACUCACCCAGCUCCUACCUUAUCUCGGCCGCCGUGGCUGCGGUUGCUCUGCAGAUUCAGUACGCGUCUGCCGGAUCGCUGUACUACGGAGCGUUUGACGCGUCCGACAAUGUUAAAGUCAGCAAAGACUCGCCUCUUGUCGGUAUCGAAAUCCCCGACCAGGACUGCCCCAUCGAGGUGGAGGUCGACCCGACGCUCCCGGACAUAACGACCAUCUCGACAGUGCCGGUGACCUUCCCGGACCUGCUGGCAAACUUGACGACGGCUCCGUCCGAGCCGGUGUUCUCAAAGGUGGGCACGGUGAUCAUGUCGGAGGAGAUCCCCGCCACUGACGCCGACCAGGACGCGUACAUCGACUCAUCGCUUCCGUGGAUUGCCACUGGUACGCCGACCAAGACGGGUGUGGAAAAGGCCGCAAAGGACUGCGCUACUGGUUGGGAGGAGCCGGUUACCUCUACCGCCGAUAAGCUGCAGGAGAAGCUCGAGAAGAAGCGUCGUCUGGAGGCUAAAACGAACAGGGACAUUGCCAAGCUUGAGGCCUACUUCGGCACCAAGAUGGAAAUGAACCUGAAGAACCUCCCCACGAUCGGCGUCCACACGCCGUCGCCGUGGGCCGGUCCGUACUGGCCGACCUACCAGGACAGCAUUAACGUCGUCUGGAGUGAGGGACAGCCCAGCCCCGCUGAGAAGUACGCCAAGGCUUUCGGUCUUGACGUGAAGGAGUUCAUGGACAAGGUGUCGAAGGACAAUGGUGUGGACUCGCAGAGCAAGCGCACCAAGUGCUCGUCGGACAACGACUGCGCUUCCCGCACGGACGGCAGCAAGUGCGCCAUCCGCGACGGCAAGACCUCGGGCUACUGCAUCCCUACGUGGUUCGGUAUCUGCCACGCUUGGGCCCCGGCUGCCAUUCUCGAAGCCGAGCCCAACUGCCCGGUGACUCACAAUGGUGUGACGUUCCAGCCCUUGGACAUCAAGGGUCUGAUCUCCAACGUCUACGAUGGUGCCGGUGUGGCAACGGUGUUCACGGGUGCCCGCUACAACGGCGGUGACGAUGGUGCCGAUGAGUACGGACGCCACACGAACGCCGCUUACCGCGACCUGAACCCUGCGUACUUCCACAUUGCGUCUGCCAACAUCCUGGGCAAGCUGAACGCUACCUUUGUGGCUGACGUCGACGCUGCCGCAGAGGUGUGGAACCAGCCUGUGCGCGGUUUCAAGGUGUUCGAACAGACCGCCAUGUCGCUCGAAGAGGCCGCUCAGACCUUCUACGGCCUUGAGGAGUAUCCGUGGAACGCCGAAGCUAAGAGCAUCGUGUACGUCAAGUCGCGUCUCUCGUGGAUCUUCGAGACGUACACGGACGGCGGCCUGGUGGCCUCGGGUGAGAUCAACCGAUACACAACGGGCAAGUACUACUACUACCUUCUGGAGCUGGAUGAUGCCGGUGAUAUCAUUGGUGGCGAGUGGGUCUACGCUUCAGACAGCGACCACCCUGAUUUCCUGUGGGUGCCGAAGUCGAAGCCUGCUGCUAACACCGUGACCAGCAUUGGUUUGAGCUACGCUGACGUAAGCAUGCUCCUUGAGAAAUCUGUCGCUUGCUCCGACUCCCCUUCGGCUGCUGGCUCCGUGUCGUCUAGCUCGACUGCUGGCUCGGUGGGCGAAUCCACGGAGGCUCCUACGGAAGUGCCGACCACGUCGACGAGUGCUUCUACGUCUGGCAGCGCGUUGUAAGUACCCAGCACGUCUUCCGUAUUUGUCGUUGCACAUGAACAUGUAGCUUCGUUUAAAUUGCCAGCAUUUUCACAAGAAAAUGGUUCAAUACACGCACUAUCGAUUUGGCAUGUGAAGUUGUAAAUUGUACAUCGAC